AUGUGGACCCAGCCGCAGACCCUUCUGGGCAGCUCUGUCCAGGCCGGCCCUGCCCUCCGACCUGGGGCUGCAGGGGCUGGCCACUGUGGGCUCGGUUCCCUGCCACCGCAAUUCAUCUGCACCCCAAGGAAAGAGAAUGAGGGGUUGCAGUGCCCCAGGACCCACGAGCCCCCGGACACCAGGGCAGCACAUACUUCCAGUCCCAGGGCCACAGCAGAGCGGGGCCAGGCCCAGCCCAGGACGGGCGGGGCCGGUCCUCAGAGCACUGCAGACAUCAGACCAAGGGCGACUGUCAUCACCACGAGAAGGCCCCGUCCACGGCAGAAGCCAACCUCACCACGCCGACUGCACCAGAGACGCCCACAAGGAGAGCCGGCCUCCGAGAACGCAGCUGAGCCGUCACAGGUCGCCAUCAGCAAAGGCAAGGAUCCAGAUUAUGCAAACGGAAGCAAGGCUGCCAUGGACUCCAGAGCCUCAGAUGCCAUCAACAAAAGCAAAGUGGACACAUGUGCAUCAAAUCCAUCACAAAGACGGCCUUCGAGACUCUGGGGGAAACGGAGUCUCGCUCUGCCACCCAGACUGGAGUGCCUUUUCCGCUCAUCGUGUGGGAGCCGCCGGGCGACGUCCCGCCCCGGUUUCCCUCCACCCGAAGGCAGUCACCUCGGUUGCCAGCUCCUGCCUCUGUGAUGAUCCCCACGAGGGGUGCAGAGUGAAGGGCACAGCGGGGUUUGGCCUAAUUCCCUGGGGAGCCCCAGGCGAGAGGGUUUGGUCCUGGGGAGCUGCCCAGGUUAAUAUGUUAACUUCUAUAUUUAGACCAAAUGAGUAUCACAUCUUACAGAUGAUACCAAUAAUCACAAAACUUGUCAACAUUAUAUCAAUGCAAUUUUAGUAAAAAAUAAAGUUUCCCUAUUGUAGAUCCUGUCAA